CCGACAAGCGACGGAAGUUCAAUAAGCGAUUCUCCGCACCCCUGCGAACCUUUAUCACCGGCUACACGCUUGAUGGAUCAUAGUAAUGCGCCGGAACAUCACGAUGUGACUACUUUUCAACACCAUCAGCAGCAUCAUCAACAGCAGCAUCAUCAUCACCAACAGCAUCAACAUCAUCUUCAACAACAGCCACAUCAACAUCAGAUUCAUCCUAUUCAUUCUCAACUAGAUCUACGUACAUUUAUUCAUCACAAUAAUAAUAACAUUUAUCAAUCACCAACUUCAAAUUUUAUGAUUUAUGAUAAUCCGGAAGAAUACAAAAGAUAUCCGCAAGAACAUCAAAGUGUUAAAAGUGUAUUGGAACAUCCGUCGUCAAUUGUUUACGACAGAAGAUUGAAUUCACCGGCAUUUAUUUCGGAACAAAACAGAGAACAGGAGGCUAAUAUUUUUCUGCCACCAUCGCCUGGUCAAAUUUGUACGAGAAUAGUUGGACACCCUAGUUCGGUGCUUUGGAAUUCUGUACAGGAUUAUAAAACUGAGAUUGACAAUCAACAUCAACCCCCUGAAUCAACUAAUAAAAAUUUUGUUAAUUCUCGGAUCGGUGUUAAAAAAAAAAGAAAACCUGUUGUAAGCGAGGAUUCCGAGACGGAACAUGCCACGUCGUCCUCGGGAAAAAUGAAAUUACGUCGUAAGAGUGGUGCCACUAUUGAGGAAAUACAAAAUCAAAGAGUUAUGGCUAAUGUACGUGAACGUCAAAGAACUCAAAGUCUUAACGAAGCAUUUGCUGCAUUAAGAAAAAUCAUUCCAACAUUGCCCAGUGACAAAUUAUCUAAAAUACAAACGUUGAAACUUGCCACAAGGUACAUCGAUUUCCUGUAUCAAGUUCUUCAUUCUAAUAUACAAUAUAGUGCUGAAGAUUCCGAUGAAAGACUCCCAAGAAGUGCAGUAUUAGCUGCAAGGGAAAUAACUUCAUCACCUUCCUGCAGUUACAUGGCACAUGAAAAACUCUCAUAUGCGUUUAGUGUUUGGCGUAUGGAAGGUGACUGGAAUACUAAUUCAUAA